AUGUACUCCAAUACUAGUAACGAUGAACUCGAACCUCGGUCGGCGCCCAAGCCCACACAGUUUCAAGAAUUGUCAGCCAAACCUGAGGUUCCAGAAUUAUCAGUCGUGUUCGAUUCGUCAGAAAAUAAUUCAAAGCCAUUAAAUAGGAACCCAUUAUAUUAUACAAACAGUCCAAAUUCUCAUGAAACGUAUAGUGAAUGGAAAAAUCGUCAAAAUCGAUCACCUCCAGUACGUAAAGAAACCCGUUACUACGAACCACGCGACAAGCAAUAUUAUGGAUCUUCCUCAUACAGCGAUUGUGAUCAAAAUCCUUACAGUCGCUUUUCAGACAAAAUUUCCUACAAAUCUGGUAGUGAUUAUCACAAAUGUGCCUGUCAGAACACACCUACAGUCAAAGAUAUUUACAACAUGAUGCAAUUACAAAAUGAUCAAAUGAAAUUUCUUUUAGAAACCAUACAAAAAUUGUUAGUCACUGUAUUAUCUAAUCAGCAAAACCAACAUAAAUGUUGUUGCUCUGAAAAUGGUCAUUGUAAAAAAGAUAAUGAUUCUAAAACAACAGAAGUUACUCAGAAAGAAUGUAAUUCACAACAUUCUACUAACGAUAACAAUACAGAAAAACCACAGACGAAUUUAAAAAAAACUGAAACUGUACAGAAAAAAAACGAAUUAAAUAAAAAUUUAAAAUGCUCUAGUAAACCAGAUGUCACACCUGUAACAAAAGAAAAACCAAAAAAUCCAGUAAAUACUAGAUGCGAAAAUAGUAAUGAUGAGAAAGAUAAUAAAAAAGAGAAGGAAAGGACUUACUCCAUUAUAAGUGAUGAAUCAUUUGAUUUAAAUGCAAAUGAUGUUCAAGUAAUUGAGGAUCCAAUAUCUCCUGAACAAUCUAUUCACAUUGAUAUGAAAUCAUCGUCUGAGGAUAGUGAAAAUAGUGAAUGCGAAGAAGAAAAUGAUAAGAAAAUUGAAGUUGGGUGGACAAUGUAUAAAAAUAUUAUUGGACAAGUAAAUAACCUUCUUGAAGAUAAUACGAGUGGACGGAAAUCUGAUGUAGCUGAACCAGUAGAACGUGUUAAACAUAUAGCAACAACUACACCAAAGAAUUUUGAACCGUACAAACAUUUUAUGUUACCAGAAAAUAGUAAAAUAGAUUCCAGCUUACAGAUGCAAGCACUUGCCAUGCAAUACCUAUCACCUGAACAAGCGGUAAAAUUUGAUAUGAAUAAACAUUUUGUGCCAACAACACAACCUACCACAAAAUCUCCAAAUAACUAUUCUAUUUCAACCCUACAUUAUAUGGAACGAUAUCAUCUGAUUGCACCUGAAAAAACCUAUACUUCAGAAAACUCUCAUCAAAAAUUGCCAACCGAAGGAUUAUUGAACAAAAAGAAAAAAUCAUUGCGUAAAAAUAAAACCCCUUCAAAAAUACUUAAUAUCACUGAACUUAAGCAGCAACCAAAAUUAUCAUAA